AGAACUCAGGUAUCCGCUCCCCAGCUGGCAGUUCCCUCUCCUAGAAUGAAGGAUAACAGUCAGGAAACAACUAAAGAUCCUUAAGGAAAUGAGAUUGCCUGAUAGUGGGAUGGAAACAGGGGGAAAAGUGGAGUCAGACUAUCCAGGACCAGGCUCUCAUUCCUGGAUUUUUGAAGGAAAAGGAACUAAGUGAACUAGUUGCCAGGACAACCUGCUGUUGGGGAGUGGGGGUGAAGAAAGAAAUGGGUGACCUGUGGUUAUUCCUGCUCCUGCCCCUCUCAGCCUUCCAUGGAGUCAAAGGCUGUUUAGAAUGUGACCCCAAAUUUAUAGAGGAUGUUGGCUCCUUGCUGGAAAAUCUGAUACCUUCAGAAGUCCCUGGCCGAACUCAGCUGCUUGAACGGCAGAUUAAGGAGAUGAUUCAUUUAAGCUUCAAGGUCUCCCACAGUGACAAGAGGCUUCGGGUGUUGGCUGUUCAGCAGGUUGUUAAGUUGAGAACAUGGUUGAAGAACGAAUUUUAUAAACUGGGCAAUGAAACAUGGAAAGGUGUCUUUAUCUAUCAAGGCAAGCUUCUCGAGGUCUGCCAAAACCUGGAAUCCAAACUGAAAGAAUUACUAAAGAACUUCUCUGAAGUUGCUUGUUCUGAAGAUUGCAUUGUGGUUGAAGGUCCCAUUCUUGAUUGUUGGACGUGUCUUCGCAUGACUAACAGGUGCUUCAAAGGAGAAUAUUGUGGAGACGAGGAUCCAAGAAAGGCUGAGAAUCGAGAGAUUGCUCUAUUUCUCAUAUUGCUGGCAACAGCUGUAAUACUGGGAAGUGCUGUGUUACUAUUCCAUUUUUGCAUCUUUCAUCGGAGGAAAAUGAAGGCAAUACGAAGGUCACUAAAGGAAUAUGUGGAGAAGAAACUUGAAGAAUUAAUGGGGAAGAUAGAUGAGAAGGAGGAGAAAGACUUUAGACUCAGAAAAUAAACACAUCAACAUGGACAAGAAGUCUUUCAUGAUUCUCUUAAGUGUUGACUCUAAGUACAAAACUGGGAGGUAAACCCUUUCUUGGUCAUAAAGUCAUAGUAUUUUAAAACUGAAAUAGAACUUAGAGUUUCUCUAAUGAAAAUGCUUAUUGAUAUCCUGAGACAACGGAAGUAAUCAGAGAGCAAAUAAUUUGGCCAGAGUUGUACAGAAAGUAAUGCUGGUAUGUUGCAAUGCACAGGAAAGAUAAUAUGCUGGAUAGUAAUAAAUAAUGCAUCGUUAGUAACUCUGAUUAAUGGCUGUAACUAGGAUAACUUUCACAUUUCUAAGGCUGCUUUUUAUUUUAUUGUUUUGUUACUGUUUUCAUAUUUAUCAUUAGGUUCAAGGUGGACAAUUUUCCUUGAUAAUACACAACACUUAAUCUUCAUUAUUACACACACACACAGGCAGAAAAAAAAAAGGCCCAAAGUAUUAGUCCUGGGUAGCUGAGGUUUGCCCCAGUUAUUUCCCCCUGGAUCUAUGUUCCAAGGCCACGUUGGAUACGAUUUUUUUUUAUUAUUUUUGGUUGUUUCCACUGAAUACUUUUUUAGUAUGUGUAGCACUCUAAAUAGUGCUUUACGUGUGUUAUCCAUCUGAAUUCUCACAACAGCCCUAUGGAUAACAUUGCUAUUAUAUCUGCUUUGGGGAUGAAGAAACAGAAGAAUCUCUAACUCAAGGUCACACAGGCAAGUAAUCUAAGCUAUGACAAACUCCUCUCCUCUAGUGGCUGACCUCUGAUCAUCCAAACCAUUUGAUUGGUAUUGACAGCUAUCAGCAUAUAGUUAUGACACAUUAAUGGAGAGAUAAUUGUGGCUUUAUUGUCUUUAUAUACCCUUCAUUACACAGUUGGUAUGUGGCAAAGCCUGAAAUAAAGCUGACGCCUAGUUAACUGUAAAAUUCAUGACCUUUUC